GCCCCUGCGCAUUGAUCCGCGCCGUAUUUUUGGGUAAAUACGAUCACGUGGGGGCUGGGGAACCAAUGAGCUGCCGGGAAAAGGCUGGAAAAAUAAUUACCUGCCUUGAUUGUUCUGUGAGCAGAUAAAAAGUACAUAUACAGUUCAUACAAUAAUCUUAUGUAUGUAAAACCCUGUUACGAUGUCGGCGACGGGGCCCAUCAGUAACUAUUACGUGGACUCGCUCAUCUCUCACGACAAUGAAGACCUCCUAGCGUCCAGGUUUCCGGCCACAGGGGCUCACCCCGCCGCCGCCAGACCCAGCGGUUUGGUGCCGGACUGUAGCGAUUUUCCGUCCUGUAGCUUCGCGCCCAAGCCGGCAGUGUUCAGCACGUCGUGGGCGCCCGUGCCCUCGCAGUCGUCCGUGGUAUAUCACCCGUACGGCCCCCAGCCCCACCUCGGCGCCGACACGCGCUACAUGCGGACUUGGCUCGAGCCGCUGUCCGGCGCCGUCUCCUUCCCCAGCUUCCCGGCCGGGGGCCGUCACUACGCCCUCAAGCCGGACGCCUACCCCGGGCGCCGCGCCGACUGCGGCCCGGGAGACGGCCGCAGCUACCCGGACUACAUGUACGGUUCGCCCGGGGAGCUGCGCGACCGCGCCCCGCAGACACUGCCCUCGCCCGAGGCGGACGCACUCGCCGGCAGCAAGCACAAAGAGGAGAAGGCCGACCUGGACCCCAGCAACCCCGUGGCCAACUGGAUCCACGCCCGUUCCACGAGGAAGAAGCGCUGCCCCUACACCAAGUACCAGACGCUGGAACUGGAGAAGGAGUUUCUCUUCAAUAUGUAUUUAACCAGGGACCGUCGGUACGAGGUGGCCCGGGUUCUCAAUCUCACUGAGCGGCAGGUCAAAAUCUGGUUUCAGAACCGGAGGAUGAAGAUGAAAAAGAUGAAUAAAGAGAAAACCGACAAGGAGCAAUCCUAAACCCUGCCCCAGCCUGCUGCCUCAGCACAGCCAAGGGAAAAACAGAAACCCCACAAAAAUACCCCAACCCAGGCGGGAGAAAGAAAGCACGAAAAGAAAAGGAAGGAGCAAGAUAGAGAAAAGCCAAUCAGCUUAAAAAAGGAAAAAAAAAAAAAAGGGAAAAAGGAAAACUCGCGAUUUGGGAGGGUUAAGUGUUGAGAAAUUGGUGUUUUAGAGUUAGUUCUACCCAGCGAUAAAGAGGCAGAAGAGAAACUGAAUUCUCUUCCCCCCAGCGCAACAGAAAUAAAUGACACACACAAAUGUGAUUUUUUUCCUCCUUUCUUCAGAGAAGCCAGUACUUGAAUUGCUAUAUUUCUAUUUUUUCCUGUAUCAUAUUUGAUCUGGGCGAUCCCUUCCCAGGCCUGGGGCAUUCUGUGUGCAGAUUUUGUACAAAAAAAAAAAAAAAAGACACACACACAUACAUACACACACACAACAAUGAUUCCCAACCCAGGAGCUGAGGGGCCAGGACGCGCAGGCUGGGUCGGGCGGCGCAGGCCGGCGCCUCAAGCGUGUAUAUAGCAGCGUUUCCUCUCACCCUCAGCGUCUGUCCCCAGCGUCGGUCCUGUAAUGUGCUUCUGUUUGUUAUGGUAGAACAGCUCUGUGUUAAUAUAUCCAAGUUGCUUUAAAAACCAGAAACCCAA